CAGCUAAGCUCCCGUUUACCUGGAGGGGCUUCUGUCACAUAAAGUUGAUCCGUCGACCUAAGCGAUGGAGUUCCCAUUUGAUGUUAAUCAUCUGUUCUCCGAGAGGAUCUCAGUCCUGGACCAUAACUUCGUCGCUGGCCCCAAAUUCUUAGGAAGGGCAGACCUUCAGACACACAUCGCCACAGUUAUCGAUGACCUUGGGAGAGCCUCUGCAAAGGCACAGACGCUGUCAGCACCUGUGACCAGUGCCUCCAAGCUGCAGUCCCAAAAGCACCAGCUCUAUGUGCUGAAGGAUGGAGAGGGAAGCAGAAACAGAGGACGUGAGGUAGUUGUUGGAUUUCUGAAGGUCGGCUACAAGAAGUUGUUUCUGCUUGACCGGCACGGCGUGCACGUGGAGGCGGAGCCGCUGUGUGUGCUGGACUUCUACAUCGUAGAAAGCCUGCAGCGACAUGGCUUUGGACUGGAGCUCUUUGGUUUCAUGUUGCAGCACAAGAAUUUGGAGCCAGUUCUGAUGGCGUACGACAGGCCUUCGCCCAGACUCCUGUCCUUCCUGGCAAAGCAUUACUGUCUGAUGCAAAGUGUUCCUCAGGUACGACCCGCUGCCCCAGUGUUCCCACCGGCCCACAACUCACUCCCCUUAGCCUCCGUCGGACCCCUGCUGAGGCCAGUAGUCAAUAACUUUGUAGUGUUUGAUGGCUUCUUCCUCAACAAAGCAGCGGUCCAGUUGAGAAAGGCUCCCCUAAAAAAGCCAGACGGAGAGAUCAAGCCUUACUCUUUAAUGGAGAGAGAAGUGGUUCGAAAGGAACAGAGGACCCUUCCUUGGCCCUUUGCGCUGCCUCACUCCCCUCAGAGGUCGGUGUCGUCCCGCCCUGGCAGCGUGGAGUCCUCCCCCAGCAGGGUUCCUCCCCCAGUCACCCAGCCGCCUUCCCCUGGGAGCAACAAGGGCCUGAGCGCACAGUCGCCUGUCAUCAGAGCAAGACACAGCAGGUAUGGGCUGAGUGACCACUCCUGCAUCUGGACAGCUGCCCCUUCAUAUGCAGGAUGGAAAUCCUCAGGCCUCCCAUGA